UUCGCUCGCCGCGCUCUGGGCGGCCCGACUGAGCGGCUGGACCUCGCGCCUCGCGCCCCGCGCCGCAGUCGCUGCCGGCUUUUGUUGUCUCCGCCUCCUCGGCAGCCGCCGCCGCCGCCUCUGGACCACGAGCCGCCGCGCGCGCCGGGACCUUGGCUCUGCCCUUCGCAGACUGGGCUGAGCAGAGCCGGCUGGGAGCAAGGGAGGCGCGCGCGGACGGCCAGGGAGUCCCGGGCCCCCCGCCAUGGAGCUCCGGGCCCGAGGCUGGUGGCUGCUGUGCGCGAUCGCCGCGCUGGUCGUCUGCGCCCGCGGGGACCCCGCCAGCAAGAGCCGGAGCUGCAGUGAAGUCCGCCAGAUCUACGGGGCCAAGGGCUUUAGCUUGAGCGACGUGCCCCAGGCAGAGAUCUCGGGUGAACACCUGCGGAUCUGCCCCCAGGGCUACACCUGCUGCACCAGUGAGAUGGAGGAGAACCUAGCCAACCAUAGCCGAAUGGAGCUAGAGACUGCCCUCCAUGACAGCAGCCGUGCCCUGCAGGCCACGCUGGCCACCCAGCUGCAUGGCAUCGACGACCACUUCCAGCGCCUGCUGAAUGACUCGGAGCGCACGCUGCAGGAUGCCUUCCCAGGGGCCUUUGGGGACCUGUACACGCAGAACACUCGGGCCUUCCGGGACCUGUAUGCCGAGCUGCGCCUCUACUACCGCGGCGCCAACUUGCACCUGGAGGAGACCCUGGCCGAGUUCUGGGCCCGGCUGCUGGAGCGCCUCUUCAAGCAGCUGCACCCGCAGCUGCUGCUGCCCGAUGACUACCUGGACUGCCUGGGCAAGCAGGCAGAGGCCCUACGGCCUUUUGGGGAUGCCCCGCGGGAAUUGCGUCUGCGGGCCACCCGUGCUUUUGUGGCAGCACGCUCCUUCGUGCAGGGCCUGGGUGUGGCCAGUGAUGUAGUCCGGAAGGUGGCCCAGGUACCUCUGGCCCCAGAAUGUUCUCGGGCCGUCAUGAAGCUGGUGUACUGUGCUCACUGCCGGGGAGUCCCUGGUGCCCGGCCCUGCCCCGACUAUUGCCGAAAUGUGCUCAAAGGCUGCCUUGCCAACCAGGCCGACCUGGAUGCUGAAUGGAGGAAUCUCCUGGACUCCAUGGUGCUCAUCACUGACAAGUUCUGGGGCCCAUCGGGUGCGGAGAAUGUCAUUGGCAGUGUACACAUGUGGCUGGCGGACGCCAUCAACGCUCUCCAGGACAACAAGGACACACUCACAGCCAAGGUCAUCCAGGGCUGUGGAAACCCCAAGGUCACUGGGUCUGAGGAGAAGCGUCGCCGUGGCAAACUAGCACUGCAAGAGAAGACCCCCACAGGUACUCUGGAAAAGCUGGUCUCUGAGGCCAAGGCCCAGCUCCGAGACAUUCAGGACUUCUGGAUCAGCCUCCCUGGGACACUGUGCAGUGAGAAGAUGGCCAUGAGCCCUGCCAGUGAUGACCGCUGCUGGAACGGAAUAUCCAAGGGCCGGUACCUACCUGAGGUGAUGGGUGAUGGACUGGCCAACCAGAUCAACAACCCUGAAGUGGAAGUGGACAUCACCAAGCCUGACAUGACCAUCCGGCAGCAGAUCAUGCAACUCAAGAUCAUGACCAACCGUUUACGUGGCGCCUACGGUGGCAACGACGUGGACUUCCAGGAUGCUAGUGAUGAUGGCAGCGGCUCAGGCAGUGGUGGCGGCUGCCCAGAUGACACCUGUGGCCGGAGGGUCAGCAAGAAGAGCUCCAGCUCCCGGACCCCCUUGACCCAUGCUCUCCCCGGCCUGUCAGAACAGGAAGGACAGAAGACCUCAGCUGCCAGCUGCCCAGAGCCCCACAGCUUCUUCCUGCCCUUCCUUGUCACCUUGGUCCUUGCAGCAGCCGGACCCAGGUGGCGGUAACUAUCCCCUAGCCCCAAGGACUGUCUUGGCCAAAACAUGCAACAGACAAUAUUUAAUUCCCUUGGCCGUCGAGGCUCAGGGCAGGAUGAGGAGACAGUAGCUCUGAGUACUGGGGCGGGGUGCAUGGGGUGCCGGCCUGCUGGGUCUGACCGCGCCUGUCACCCAAGCUUUUAAUUUCAUAUCAGGUCAGCUGCGAGCCAUUGUCCCCAAAAGCCAUGUACUUCAGGGACCUCAGGGGCACCUCUGGCUGCACACUCCUCCCUUACCCUCCUGCACCACCCCGGAAGCUCAUGAGGCCAACCGGAAGGGUGGCUGUUAGCUGCAACCCAUUGGAGACCUCAAGUGAGCCUGUGCCUUCCUUUCCCGCCUCUUCCCACUGGGGACACCCCACCAGACCCCACGGGCCACAGAUGUCAGAAACUGAGGCCCAUCCCGCAGCUCCCCAGGAAGCCUGCAAGGGCUGCCAGUAUGUUGCUGUCCAGGCUCUGGCAGGGCCUUCAAGUUUAUGCAUGAUCCCCUCUGCUCAGAAGAAACUCUGCAGCCAGGAUUCUCAUACACACCAGGCCUGGACCCUGUGCCACUGUGGAGCCUAGUGAAUGUGGUCCUCAGAGAAGACCCACUGUGGGUUUCCUCGAGUGUGGCAUAGGUGAGGUGGCAGCUGGCAUGGCUACAUUAGACUCAACUCUGCCACGCUGCUUGAGGGUGUGUUCUGUUCCCUCACAUGGGCUCACAAAGUCCGGCCUUGGGCAGGGGGUCCGUGAGGAACCUCACUUCAGGGGAAUAGCCGGCCACGUCUAGCCUCCCAACCCACUUAUAAAGGUCCCCUGGCCACAGGGGUGCUGGGUGACUGGUGAAACUUCAGCUCAGGGUCAAUGGGACCUGGUACUGCAGGUCGGGAGGAUGCCUGGGCCCCUUCCUGACCAAGGCAGCCCUGCAGAAGCUGGGGGAGCAUUGACAGUCAAGGGCUUUUACAGACAUGCACAUUCAGACCCUCGGUGUCCUUGUCCACUGAGCGCUACAUCUCAGUCUUCCUUGACAGCACUGGAGAGGCUCAGGGCACCAUUUGCAUCCUGGUAUCCUCCUGUGGCCUUGAGACCUGGGGAGCACCAGGGCCUUAGGGGUGCUGAGCUGCUAUAGCCUGGAAGACCUUGGUCCUGACAUGCAGAAGGCCUGGAAAAGGCUGCUUGCUUACCACCUUUUUUUUUAUUUUUUUUUUAUUUUUAUUUUUUUUUUUUUUUUUUUUUUUUUUUUUUUGCUUUUCGUCACUGGGUUAGGGAGGUUACUGCCAGCACCAAGGUCUGCCCAGUAGUCAGGUCCCCUGGCCCAGGAUGACAGGAUGGGUAUUCUCUGCAGUUGGUCCAUGGAUUUGUGGGUCCUUGCCCUGAGUGUACCCAUCCUGCCACACAGCUCUGCUACUGCCACUCAGGCAAGGGUGGCAGGAGCCAGAGCUGGGCUCCAGGAUGUGAGUGCCUACGUGUCAGGACAGCAGCACCCAGGAUGGACAGGACAGCCAGGAUGGUGGCCAAGCUACUGUGUCCUUCCUCCAUGAGGCUCCGUGUCACUCAGUGGGUAACAUGUGUUCUUUGAGUCCUUGUAUGAAUUAAAGGCUGGAGACCUACAGUGGACAUGA